AUGUCAGACUAGUAAGAAUCUUAACAAUAAUAAAAUUUAUAUGAACUUGAUUAAAAUUAAUAAAAAAUAAUUAAAUAUAUUAUUAAAAACUCUCCAUAUGGUGAAACAUCAGAUUUACUUCAAGAUUUGAAAAAAUUAGUCCCCGAAUUAAAACAUAAUCAAUAAUUGAUUGAUGGCUUAUUAAAAGAGCAUAAUGAGGAGCAUUUGGCGAUAUGCUAUGACUAAAAUAAUUAGAGGUCAAUCGUAUUAUGUCCAAUAUCAUCAAAAGAAGAUUAUUAUAUUGAUUAAAGGCAUUCAUAAAAAGUUUGGGUAGAUCAUUAUACUUUAAAAAUUCUAAGAACUGAAGAUAUAGAAAUUCCUCGUAAUUAAGUUUUAUCUACAUUUAGUAGCGGAGAAUGGAUAUCAGAAUGGAAACUUGAUAGAGAAUAAUUAUAAGGAAAAAUAAGAAUUAAUAGUCAUUUCUUUGAAGAUGGAAAUGUAGCUUUGAAAAAUGUAAAAAAUGUAAUAGAAUCAGCACCUAUUAAAGGCUAAAAUAUUGAUGAAGAAUCGAAAGAUAUUGUUAAUAAAAUUAUUGAUAAUGAAAGUAAAAUUUAAGACUCUUUAGAAGUUAUUUAUGAAAAUAUGUCUGAUAAGUUUUUCAAAGGAAUGAGAAGAAUUUUACCAGUAACAAAUUAGAAAAUGAAUUGGGAUUAGACUGUUCAUAAACUCAUAUCAAAUUUAAAAAAUUAAUGA